AUGCUGAAUCGAGUCUUUCAUCAAAGUGGACAGUAUGAUAUGUGGACUUCUACUGUCGCAAUUGGUACCGCGAUAGCCGUGGCAUGGGCAUGCGCGUUGCUGCUAUCCUACACGCAUUUUGAUCCGCUAGCAAGCUACCCGGGGCCAAAGGUUGCGCGAAUUACUCGCGUUUGGUACGCGAUACAUCUGUAUCGAGGAACAUUGCUCGACGAACUACUAAAAGCUCAUAAAAAAUACGGAUAUGUGGUUCGGAUUGCACCAGAUGAGCUUUCUUAUAUUUGCCCUGAAGCAUGGGACGACAUAUAUGGAAGCAAAGUUAUUCCAGAGAUGACUAGAGACCCCCGGUUCAUGCAAGAUGUUGGCGGGCAAGGGCAAUCAUUAUUGCACGUCACUCAUGGUCGCCAUCGUGCGAUGCGUAAGAAGCUGGCACAUGGAUUCUCAGCCAAGUCUCUCCGGGAUAUGGAAUCCCUCCGAACAUCCUAUGUGGACUCUCUCAUCCAGCGAGUUACUGAAAAUUCCCAGAAUGGGGAAGCGGUGGAUCUUGUCAAAUGGUACUCAUUCUUGUCCUACGACAUCCAAAGUGAUUUGGCAUUCGGAAAGAGUUUCGAGUGUCUCAAAACGUCGAAUUUUCACCCAUGGAUUCAAUUGAUCACAGAAUUUGAUAAAAUCGACCCUUUCUUCAGAGCGAUCACGCAUUUCCCAUGGGCAAUGAAAUUAAUACAAUAUCUGACACCACGAUAUGUGGUCGAUAUGGAAGCAAAGCUCUCAGCAAUAUCGAUGGAAAAGACCAAGGAGCGAAUGGAACGGCCUGCUGGACGGCCGGACUUCCUGGAGCACUUUAUGCAGACUACAGAUUCUCUGAGCGAGGCUGAUGUUUGUGCUAAUGCCGUGGCAAUGAUCGGAGCAGGGGGUGACACGACAGCGACUUUGCUCAGCGGAACGGCCUUUUUCCUACUUCAAAAUCCCGAGGUUCUAACCAAAUUGUCUCUGCAACUCCGUCAGCGUUUCAACUCGGAGAGUGAGAUAGAUCAGGCUGCAGCUGAUGGAAAUGCGCUUCUACAGGCCUGCGUUCUGGAGACACUGCGCGUAUACCCCCCGGCCGCAGUUGGUUUUACUCGAGUCGUGCCCAGAGAAGGCGCAAGGAUUGCAGGAAAGUUUGUACCUGGAGGGACUGGCACUUUCUAA